AUCUGGUGCUCUAGCAGAUAUAGCAAAAACAUUGACCAUAUCGGAAGAUCAAGCACAAGCUGUACUUUGGCCUCGCACAGCAAAUGAGCUCUCUCAUACAAAUACUGCUAAAGAUCUGUAUAACGACUUGAUGAAACUUAGAAGACAUGAGAUGGAUUUGGAUUUACACGGCAUCUUCAUCUCUGAUUAUUACAGAGCCAGAAGGAUACCUAGGGGCUUUAGAGUAAGAAAUGCACCGACUAUAGGAAGGCAGAACCCAGAGUUAUGCAAGAAGUGGAUGAAUAUUGCAAACAAAAGCUCCUUAGACUGGAUGGUAAUCGUUGGAGAAGAAGUAGGCAAGGAAUUGAUUUUAAUAAAACAUUCUAUUCAAGAGUUUGAAACCACUAAUACACUAGCUCUACAAUUAGCAGCAGCAACAACGCAAAUGUUAAAGUUACAGGAUGACAUCAAUAAGUACAAGAAUGAACUGAUUUGGUUCAAAAAGCAAAAAUUAGCCAAAGUCAACCACGACUACCAGUAUCACCAGGUAUGUAGAUAGCUCAGUGGUACACAGUCAUCGAACAGAGAACCAGCACCUAGAUAUAGAUACUGUAUUAAAAAAACAUUAUUUCAAACAGUUGAUAUCGGCCUCAGACGCUGAAACCAAAGAGGACAAAACACGUACAGGAUCGACACCUUUUUUAGAGGGGGACACUUUUCCACAAGAAUCUCCAGGGACGUCUCGGAUGGACACCAGAGGCGCAAGAAGAAUGCAAUCCCCCGCAGAGGGCAAAAGGGAAGAAAGAAACACAAGUUACAGAGGCAAACCACCAUUACGGAAGAGGUAA